UUACAAGGAGAGGGCGUGCUUUGUGCAUCUGAAAUAGUUUUUAGUGAGAGAAACUAAAAUUCGUAACUCUCUAGAAAAAGAGUGAGAGAGAAACAUAAGAAAACAAAGGAAUUAGAGUUUGGUAAGAGUUGUUAACAGCGAUUUACACGAAGAGUUUUUAAGUGAUCGAACUGAAUUUCUCACAAAUUCUUACAGCUAAUUAAUAAAUUCUUGCUGUUUCUGGGUCUUUGAUAAUCUCGUCUCCACUGCUUUAUAAAGAAGAUUAGUUCUUGUAUUGUGUAGAAGAAAAUCAAUGGAGUGGAGUGCUUAUUUAGAUGAAUAUGAAAAGCUUGUCAUGAAGAUGACCACUCCUAGAGUGGUCAUCGACAAUGCCGUUUGUCCCACUGCGACAAUUGUCAAGGUUGAUAGUGCCAGGAAACAUGGAAUUUUGCUUGAAGCUGUCCAAGUUCUUACAGAUCUUAACCUUUCAAUUAAAAAAGCUUAUAUUUCUUCUGAUGGAAGAUGGUUCAUGGAUGUUUUUCAUGUGACUGAUUUAAACGGAAAUAAAUUAACCGACGAGAGCGUUAUUAACUACAUUGAGCAGUCACUUGGUACGAUUCACUUUGGAAGAACUCAUGAUUUUAACGGUUUAACUGCGUUAGAACUAACCGGAACUGACCGAGUCGGCCUUCUGUCGGAGGUGUUUGCAGUACUAGCUGACCUUCAGUGUGAUAUUGUUGAGGCUAAAGUUUGGACUCACAAUGGUCGAAUUGCUUCUCUAAUUUACGUAAAAGAUUGUAAUUCCGGGUCUCCGAUUGAAGACUCACAACAUAUAGAUAGAAUCGAGGCUCGUUUGAGGAAUGUUCUUAAGGGGGAUAAUGAUAUUAGGAGUGCGAAAACAACUGUUUCGAUGGCGGUCACACAUACAGAGAGACGAUUACAUCAAAUGAUGUUUGCUGAUCGGGAUUAUGAACGAAAGCCUAUUUUGAAACGCAGAGCUGAUUCUCCAGUUGUUACGGUUCAGAAUUGGAUGGAGAAGGGUUACUCGGUUGUUAAUGUUCAAUGCCAGGACAGGAUGAAACUAUUGUUUGAUGUUGUAUGCACCUUGACAGACAUGGAAUAUGUGGUGUCUCAUGGAACUAUCAACACUGCCGGAAACAGCGCAUAUCUGGAAUUUUACAUUAAACACACUGAUGGAACUCCAAUUAGCUCAGAGCCCGAAAGGCAGCGUGUAAUUCAAUGCAUACAAGCAGCAGCUGAGAGAAGAGCAUCAGAGGGUGUAAGGUUAGAAUUAUGUGCGCCGGAUAAACCAGGACUUUUAGCAGAUGUGACCAGAACAUUUCGAGAAAAUGGCCUAAAUGUAACAACGGCAGAGAUAUCGACUGCAAUAGAAAUGGCGCAAAACGUAUUUUACGUAACUGAUGGAGUCGGUAACCCUGCAGAUUCGAAGAUAAUCGAAUCUGUUCGACAAAAAAUUGGUUCGAGUAAUUUAAAAGUGAAGGAAUUACCGCCAUUGAUGUACCAUAAAGAGGAUGAUAGGGAUGAGGAAGGUGUAGGAGGAGCAGGGACAGUGUUGUUAUCACUUGGAAGCUUAGUAAAAAGGAAUCUUUACAAUUUGGGAUUAAUCAGAUCAUAUUCUUAAAUUUGUUUCUUGAGAUGGGAAUAUUCUUUGCUUGAAUAUUGGGUUUUAUUGUACAUAUGGCAAAUAGGUGGGGUAAAAGUAGUAAUAGUAUUAAGUAGUUGGGUUUGGUUGGAUAAUUAUAGGUUCAUUAAGUUUGAAGGAAAGAAUAUGAAAAUGCAAGAAGGUAGUGGUGGUGGAGAUGUUUUUCUUUAGUUUGGUGGAAGAAAAAUUAGGUAAAUUGAAAACUAGAUUGUUUAAUACAGCACAUAGUUUGUAUAUAAUGACCCUUAUUAAUAUAUUAAUCUUAAUGGUUGACCUGAUUAA